UUUUUUUUUUAACCAAAGGGGUGCAAUCCGGCCAUUUGAGCCCGACACCCAGCUGAAACGAGGAGAAACAUCGUUUGGGCGCUGAAAACAGUAGCGGUGGACAAAGCGACGUAAACGAAAGUGUUCAGUUUUAUCAGCAAUUCGUUUUUUUAUUGUUUUAACGACGGUUUUGUUUUUAGCAUACUCAGUGUGAAUGGCUCAAAUGUGCACGAAGAGGAGGCCGACUAUGGACGGAUGAGCUUUCUACCGCACAGCGACAUCCAAGAGGGAGGAAGAGUGUCACUGUAAAUAAUUAAGUGUCCUCUUGCCCUAUGGAAAAAUGCAUUUGCAUCAAGUGCUGACCGGAGCUGUCAACCCGGGGGACAAUUGUUAUUCCGUCGGCAGCGUCAAUGACAUCCCAUUUACGGCAUAUGGGUCAGGAUGUGAUAUCGUAAUAUUAGCAAGUGAUUUUGAAUGUGUUCAGAUCAUUCCUGGUGCUAAACAUGGUAAUAUUCAAGUGGGCUGUGUUGAAUGUUCCCAUCAGUUGGGGAGGAUUGCAGCUUCUUACGGGAACACCGUCUGCAUAUUUGAACCAAUUGCUAUAUAUCCUUUGAAAAGAAACAGUAGGCUACAGUACCAGUGGCAAAAAACUGGUCAGUUCUUCCUUGAUUCUGUGACAUACAAUUUGGCAUGGGAUCCCCAAGGGAACCAAAUAUUAACUGCUACAGAUCAGCUGCAGUUAUGGGCUCCACCUGCUGCUGAUAUUCUUGUGGAAGAGGAAAGCAGCCAAGCUUUAGAUGAUAAAUUGCCUCCUGUGCUAAAUGAUUGGAAGUGUGUCUGGCACUGCAAGACUGCAGUUUCUGUCCAUAUUAUGAAGUGGUCUCCCGAUGGAGAAUAUUUUGCAACAGCUGGAAAGGAUGACUGCCUUUUAAAGGUAUGGUACCCUACUACAGCUUGGAAGUCUGCAGUUGUCAUUCCAGACCUUCUUGAUAAAAAAUCUUGCAGUAUACAUUUCUCUUUUGUGUACCUGGCACACCCUCGAACGGUGACAGGUUUCUCGUGGCGAAAAACCAGCAAGUUCAUGCCAAAAGGAUCAGUUUGCAAUGUGCUGCUUACCUCAUGCCAGGAUGGCAUCUGUCGGUUGUGGUCUGAAACACUGCUGCCAGAAGACAGCCUUCUUGGUGGACAAAUUGCUGAAAGUAGCACUAGUUCUAGCAGCUGCCUUCCUCAUCUUGGAAAUCAGAAGGAUAAAAUACAACAUGCACUUGAGACAAUCCACCACUUUAAGCAUCUGAGAAGAGGUCGCAGAAGAUCUUCUGCCCUUGUAGCGCAUACAGAGGUUUUGCCAAGCCAGCUUGGUUCCCAUGAAGUUCAUAGACACAUUUCUCAUCACGCUAAUGCACUUUGCCAUUUUCACAUUGCAGCAAGUAUCAACCCCAAUACAGAUAUACCUUCUUUGUUGACUGGAACACCUUUUACAUUUGAUGAAGGAAAUGGUGGUUUUGUUAUCCACUGGCUUAACAAUAAGGAUCUCAGUUUCACCUCUUCAAUGGAUUUAUUUAUGCAGCAGCUUAGGAAGAUCUCUGACCAGCAGCUCGAGCAUGCAUGUGAAGAGCUUGAUCAUGAAGGCUUACACAUGAAAUUUGACCUUGAUUUAGAUGAUGCAUCAGAUAAAGGUUCAUCGGAGCACGAAGAAGCUGAGCAGGAAGGAAGUACAAAAGCAUCAUCUCCAGGUUCAAGUACUAGUGUCCCACUCCCUACUGUGCUGCUUGAUCGCAAAAUGGAAAUGCUUAUUACAGAGUGGAACAAAAACCCAGACAUGCUGUUUACAAUACAUCCUAUUGAUGGAUCAUUUUUAGUGUGGCAUGUGAAAUAUUUAGACGAAUAUAUUCCAGGAAUCUUCAGGCAGGUUCAGGUUUCAUUUUCUUCUCGAAUUCCUGUUGCUUUUCCCACUGGUGAUGCCAAUUCUUUAAGCAAGAAUAUUAUGAUGUAUGCCUGUACAUUUCCUGAGAAAGAUUCAGUUGAAACCAGUCCACAAAAGAAGAAGAUAAGUAAAACCAUUCCUCAAAGUGCAUCAACAACGAAUGUGAUCAACUCACGAACUGGACCAUUGGUGGCAACUGUAAAUAGCCCUGCAGUGAUGAUGGUUUCCAAACACAUCGAUGGAUCCCUGAAUCAGUGGGCUGUUACAUUUGCAGAGAAGUCUGCCUUCUCCUCAGUCUUAAUGGUUACCCACAAGUUUAGAUAUUGUGGACAUCGCUUUCAUCUAAACGACUUGGCUUGCCAUACUGUACUUCCAUUAUUGCUGACUUCUUCACAUCACAAUGCCUUGUUAACACCAGAGUUAGAAGAAGACUGGGAUUUGGAAAAAGAGAAGCGAAUGUUGCAGACUGUAAAGCCAUUAAGGGGACUUUCAAAAGCACAGCUAAAGAAUGCAGCAACUCGAACCUUCCAUGACCCUAAUGCAAUAUAUAGUGAACUGAUCCUUUGGCGUGUUGAUCAUAUUGGACCUUUGUCAUGCACUGGGGGUGUUUCUGAGUUAGCAAGAAUAAAUUCUCUUCAUACCUCUGCAUUUUCCAAUGUUGCCUGGCUUCCAACAUUAAUACCAAGUUAUUGCCUCGGUACAUACUGCAAUUCUGCAAGUGCUUGCUUUGUGGCUUCUGAUGGUAAGAAUCUUCGGCUGUACCAGGCUGUCGUGGAUGCUCGAAAACUUUUAGAUGAACUUUCUGACCCAGAAAUUUCUAAACUUGUUGGAGAGGUUUUUAAUAUUGUAAGCCAACAAUCCACAGCUCGACCUGGAUGUAUUAUUGAGCAAGACAUCAUAACAAGCCAGUGUGGCUCAAAUACACAACUUCUUCAUGUCUUUCAAGAGGACUUCAUCUUGGGGUAUAAACCCCAUUAUAACACUGUUGAUGUGGAAAUGGAAACUUUACGCUUUCAAACAAUUCAAGGAUAUAGCCCCCCACCAUUUUCAGAAAAGUUUUUUCUUGUGGUGAUUGAAAAAGACAGUGAAGGACGCUCUAUUCUUCAGAUGUGGCAUCUGCAUUUAAAAUCUGUGAAGGCUUGUGUUGGUCAGACUGCAUCAGAACAAACUUUUCAAAGCUUGCUUACAGUCCCAGAACAAAACAAUGCAGACUCUUCCCCAGAUACCUCACCAGGACAAAGUCCACUACCACGGUCGUCAUCAACAGCUAACCUACAAACUGCCAGCAAGCUCAUCUUGAGCUCUAAAUUGGUGUAUAGUCAACCAAUGAACCUUCCCAAUGGAGUUGAAGUCAUUCGUGCUACUCCUUCUGCAGGUCAUCUCAGCUCCUCCUCAAUUUAUCCAGUGUGUCUGGCACCUUACUUAAUUGUAACAGCCUGCACAGAUGGCAAAGUAAGGUUUUGGUGCUGUUCUGUGGACUCAAAUACAGCCUCGAAGGAUACUGAUGAAGGCUGUAUUUACAGAUGGAAGCAGUGGUCUAUGAUGAACGAAGAAGAUGACAGCUGCAGUGCAGUAUGCGUUUCUGGAAGACCAGUUGCUGUUAGCUGCUCCUAUACUGGACGUCUUGCUGUUGCCUCCAAGAAGCUGGUUCAGAAUAAUGGCUGUGUAGCAAAAGAAUUUUCUAUGCAUGUGUGUAUUUUUGAGUGUGAGUCUACGGGAGGUUCUGAAUGGGUUCCAGAACAGACUAUUGUUUUAGAUGAUUUAGCCAAAGUGGAAAAUGUGCUAGACCCUAGAAUUAGUGUGGACAGUAACUUGUUUGUCUAUAGCAAAUCUGAUUUAUAUCUCAGCAAAGACAAUUACAUGACCCCAAAUAUAAAGCACUUUGUUCAUCUUGACUGGCUAUCCAAAGAAGAUGGUUCUCAUAUCCUUACUGUGGGUGUGGGAUCAAAUAUUCUGAUGUAUGGGAGGCUUUCUGGCAUUGUGAAUGAGCAGACCAGCAGCAAAGAUGGAAUGGCGGUCAUCUCGUUGCCUCUUGGUGGAAGCAUUAAGCAAGGAAUUAAAUCUAAAUGGGUUCUCUUAAGAUCUGUGGACCUUGUAUCUUCUGUGGAUGGUACACCUUCUCUACCAGUAUCACUGUCAUGGGUUAGGGAUGGGAUACUUGUUGUUGGAAUGGACUGUGAAAUGCAUGUUUAUGCCCAGUGGAAACAAGAUAAGAAACUACAGGACAAAGACGAAUGUGAGGAUUCUUCCGAGGAUCUUCAGGGCCCAGGUGUUUUUGGAAGAACUAUUACCAAGAAGCUUAGUGUUUUUGAUGGCCCUACUAUAUCAGAUGAUGCUUUUGUACCUCCUUCAGUUGUGCAGGAUGGUGGUCUUUUUGAAGCAGCACAUUUCCUUUCACCUACACUUCCUCAGUAUCACCCCACACAACUCUUGGAACUCAUGGAUCUUGGAAGGGUUCGUCGAGCAAAAGCAAUUCUUUCCCAUUUGGUCAAAUGUAUUGCGGGAGAGGUUGCUGUUGUCAAAGAUCCGGAUGCUGGGGAAGGUGGAGCGAGGCGUCAUCUUUCUCGUACAAUCAGUGUAAGUGGCAGCACUGGAAAAGAUACCAUUAUAGCUGGUAGAGAAGGUGGCCGUGAUUAUACUGAAAUUGAUUCAAUACCUCCUUUACCACUGUAUGCCUUGCUGUCUGCUGACAUGGAUACUUCCUACAAAUCUGUGGAGGAAACUGGAAAAGUUCCUACGAGGACAGAAAGUCAAGCGCAGUUUUCAUCAGGAGACCAGUAUGAUGAUCUCUUUCAAGUUCAACCAAUAACGACCGAUGACUUUGUUAGCUUUGCCGCUGAAAAGAAGGAAAGCAAAUCAAGAGUCAUUAAUUUGUCACAAUAUGGCCCCACAUACUUUGGACCAGAGCAUGCCCAGGUGUUGUCAAGCCAUCUCAUGCACUCCAGUUUGCCAGGGUUAACUCGUCUUGAGCAGAUGUUCCUGGUUGCAUUGGCUGACACUGUUGCUACAACAAGCACUGAAAUUGGACAAAGCAGAGAUAAAGGUUAUAGAGGGGGAGAAACCCUGGAUGAAUGUGGUCUACGUUACCUUCUGGCUAUGCGCUUACACAGCUGUUUGCUGACAUCGUUGCCACCAGUGUACAGAGUGCCAUUAUUACAUCAAGGUCUGUCUACUUGCCAUUUUGCUUGGGCUUUUCAUUCUGAAGCUGAAGAAGAAAUGUUGAAUAUGAUUCCAGCAGUGCAGAGAGGUGACCCUCAAUGGUCAGAAUUAAGAGCCAUGGGGAUAGGCUGGUGGGUCAGAAAUAUUAAUACACUUCGAAGGACAAUUGAAAAGGUAGCAAAAGCAGCAUUUCAAAGAAAUAACGACCCACUUGAUUCAGCACUCUUUUACCUUGCUAUGAAGAAGAAAGCUGUUCUUUGGGGAUUGUUCAGAUCCCAGCAUGAUGAGAAAAUGACUCAGUUCUUCAGUCAUAACUUCAACGAAGACAGAUGGCGCAAAGCAGCCUUGAAAAAUGCCUUUUCUUUACUAGGAAAACAACGCUUUGAACAAUCUGCAGCUUUCUUUUUACUUGCUGGCUCACUGAAAGAUGCCAUUGAGGUUUGUCUUGAGAAAAUGGAAGAUAUUCAGUUGGCUAUGGUGGUUGCACGUCUUUAUGAAUCAGAAUAUGAUAUUUCAUCUACUUACACGGGGAUUCUUUACGAAAAGGUUCUGGGUUGUAAGAAAGAUGGCACAGGCUUCAUCUGCUGUAAGUUACAGCCAGAUCCUUUUCUGCGCAGUAUUUCCUACUGGAUAAUGAAAGAGUAUACCAGGGCAUUAGAUACGCUGUUAGAGCAGAUACCCAAGGAAGACGAUGAAAAUCCAGAUAUAAUCGUGAAAGCUUGCAACCCAGUUGUCUUCAGUUUUUAUAACUUUUUGCGAACCCAUCCCUUGUUGAUCCGAAGACAUUUUGCUCCACCGGAUGGCACGCUGGCCACCUUAGGUCUUACAGCUGAAAAAAGCACCACUGUCAAAAUAAAUCUUAUAGAAAGAAAGUUAUUUUUUACUACAGCAAAUGCUCACUUUAAGGUUGGCUGCCCUGUUUUAGCUUUGGAGGUGCUUUCAAAGAUCCCAAAAGUCACAAAAAAGUUAAGUCAUUUGGGCCAAGAGCCUCCUAAGUUGAGCAAUGGUGUGGUCUGUCCUCGUGAAAAUGGUGAUAAAGCCAAUGAUAUUAACUGGUCACAAUCAAGUGCCAUUUCUUCAGCAUUGGACUGGGGGACAAGUAGUGACCCUGGACCCACUAUUGACUGGAGUGAACCUGUGUUUAAAUUAAAAGAUGACGAGUUACAGCUCGAUUGGGGUGAUGACAGAGGUGAGGAUGAGGAUGAGGAUGACGAUGGAGGAAUAACCAUGAAAGAAUCUUCAUCUGGUGAAAACAUUGUAAAGUCAGAAGAUCCUUCAAGCCCAGGAAUGGAAAAGUCUCCGGUUCCCCAACAGGAAGAGACUGAUUCAGAGGUCGAUGUUAUCGCAGAGCAGCUAAAGUUUCGAGCUUGCUUGAAAAUACUUAUGACUGAACUGAGGACUUUAGCUACAGGUUAUGAAGUUGAUGGUGGCAAGCUUAGAUUUCAGCUGUAUAACUGGCUUGAGAAGGAAAUCUGGGCAAUGCAUCAGAUAUGCAACUAUAAAGUAGAAGGCAAGGACUCUAGCCCUGAACCUGAAAAAUGGAAAGACGAUUUAUUUCGAGAAGAUGUAGGGGUAGAUACCACUGAUGCAGGAUCGUAUGAACGUCACCAGUUGGAGCGUCGCAGACUGCAAGCUAAACAGGAGCACGCUGAACGGCGCAAGUGGUGGCUCAGAAAGAACCAAGCUCUUCUGAGAGUGUUUUUGAGUUAUUGUAGUUUACAUGGUGCACAAGGAGGUGGUGUUGCAUCCGUAAGAAUGGAACUCCUCUUCCUGCUGCAGGAGUCACAGCAAGAAACAACAGCAAAACAACUGCAGUCUCCUCUUCCUUUGCCAACAACUCUCCCAUUGCUUUCUGCAAGCAUUGCUCCGACUAAAACAGUUAUAGCCAAUCCAGUUUUGCAUCUCAGUAAUCAUAUUCAUGACAUCUUGUAUACCGUCAUUCAAAUGGACUCUCCACCGCAACCUGAUACCCAGGAUGAAAAGGUCUAUAUCUUGCACACUUUGGGGGCUUCUCUUUCUGCGUGCAUCUAUCAAGCUCUCUGUGAUAGUCAUAGUUACAGCAGUCAUACAGAAACAAACCAGUUUACUGGGAUGGUUUAUCAAGGGUUAUUGUUAAGUGAGAGGCGAAGGCUGAGGACUGAAAGCAUAGAAGAACAUGCUACACCAAACUCCCCACCUGCUCAGUGGCCAGGUGUUUCAUCACUUGUUAAUCUUCUUUCAUCAUGUCAAGAUGAAGACCAUCCAAAACUGAAUGUAAUGCUGUGUGAAGCAGUUGUGGCAGUUUAUCUAAGUUUGUUAAUACAUGGCCUUGCAACUCAUUCCAGCAAUGAACUUUUUCGAUUAGCUGCACAUCCUUUGAAUAAUCGAAUGUGGGCAGCGGUAUUUGGUGGAGGAGCAAAGGUGCUUGUAAAACCUAAAAAGACCCUGGAAAUUGCACCCGUUCCUGUGUCUCCGGCAGAGGAAAUGGAUAAACACCGUCGAAGAUUCAACAUGAGAAUGCUGGUACCAGGAAGGCCAGUUAAAGAAACUGUUACCCCUCCACCCAUACCUGCUGAGAGACCAACUUAUAAGGAGAAGUAUAUUCCUCCAGAGCUUAGUAUGUGGGAUUACUUUGUUGCAAAACCAUUCCUUCCUUUGUCAGAUAGCGGUGCAUUAUAUGAUUCUGACGAAAGUGUGCCAAGUGAAGAUGAAGAUGAUGAUGAUGAUGCUUUUCUAUCAGACACUCAGAUGACAGAGCAUUCUGAUCCCAAUUCUUACAGCUGGGCACUUAUGCGUGUGGCAAUGGUCAAGUUAGCAUUGCACAAUGUCAAGGGUUUCUUUCCUAUUUCUGGACUGGAAUUUGCAGACCUUCCAGUAAUAUCACCUUUGGGAAAUGCAUGUAUUAAAAACUUGGAGAAAUGGGAGCAGAUUCUCAUUGAAAAAAUGAACAAAUUUGAUGGCCCUCCUCCAAAUUAUAUUAACACCUAUCCAAGUGAUGUGAGCAUUGGAGGGGGACCAGCCAUUCUAAGACACAAAGCAAUGCUUGAGCCGGACAAUACUCCUUUCAAGGCUAAACAUCAUUUAGUUUUUCCUGUCAAGCGACUGUGGCAUUUUCUUGUGAAACAAGAAGUUCUUCAAGACACAUUUAUUCGUUACAUUUUCACCAAAAAGAGAAAACAAAGUGAGUCAGUAGAAGACCAUGUGGAGCAUCUCAAACAAAACUGCGUAGCAGAAGAUCGCAAAACCAACAAGGUUGAAGCAGACCUCGGUUAUCCCGGUGGAAAAGCAAAAGUUAUACACAAGGAACCAGAUAUAAUUAUGGCAUUUGCCAUUAAUAAGGCAAAUAAUAAUGAAAUUGUUCUUGCGUCUACACAUGAUGUUCAAGAGGUUGAUGUGUCAGCUCUGUUAGCUGCCCAGCCUUUCACUUGGAUUGGUGAAGAAUUUGACAAAGAAUCCAGAAGCUCUGAUGAUCUUGAUCAUCGCUCUUCCCAUACAAACAUUGCCCAAGCCAGCGCACCUCCCUUCUCUUCCAGUCAAAUACCAGCUUCUGCAUCAAUGCCAUGGCUAGGCAGCGGGCAGACAAGUACAGGGGCUAAUGUGCUUAUGAAAAGAAAUUUGAACAAUGUCAAAAGGAUAACGUCCCACCCAGUUUACCAGUACUAUUUAACCGGAGCUCAGGAUGGGAGUGUAAGAAUGUUUGAAUGGAAUCGACCGCAGCAACUCAUCUGUUUCCGUCAGGCUGGUAAUGCCGGCAGGGUUACACGAGUGUACUUCAACUCACAAGGAAAUAAGUGUGGCGUAUCAGAUGGUGAAGGAGUUUUAAGCCUGUGGCAGGUAAACCAGGCAGCAACAAAUCCUAAACCCUAUUUGAGCUGGCAGUGCCACAGUAAAGCAACCAGUGAUUUUGGAUUCAUUACAUCCUCAAGCCUUAUAGCUACAGCUGGCCAAUCCAAUGACAACAGAAAUGUAUGUUUAUGGGAUACACUGAUUUCACCAAACAACAGUUUAGUACAUGCCUUUCCCUGCCAUGAGAAUGGCGCCACUGUGCUGCAGUAUGCACCUAAGCAGCAACUCAUCAUAUCAGGAGGAAGGAAAGGCUUCAUCUGCAUCUUUGACAUAAGGCAGAGACAACUGCUUCAUACCUUCCAAGCUCAUGACUCGGCCAUCAAAGCCCUUGCAAUGGAUGCUAUGGAGGAUUAUUUUGUCACAGGUUCUGCAGAAGGAAAUGUGAAGGUGUGGAAGUUAACAGGACACGGACUCCUGCAUUCAUUUUCCAAUGAACAUGCCAAGCAGUCUAUAUUCAGAAAUAUUGGUGCUGGAGUGAUGAAAAUCGAAACGUGUCCUGGAAAUCGCAUCUUUACAUGUGGAGCCGAUGGAACCCUGAAAAUGAGAGUUCUUCCUGACCACUACAACAUACCCGCUAGCAUAUUCGACAUCUUAUAGUGAGGGGAGAAGAGAGAGACGUUUUAGCAUUUAGCUAGCUGGCUGUGAUUAUUCCUGAUUAGUAAACAUCCAACAAAUAUUUUCCCAGGAACAAAAAGAGAUAAAGCCAUUUAUAACUGAGUUCCAAUGAUAUAGUUUAUUUCCAAAUUUGUUUUAAGGUAUAUUCUAUAAGAGAGCUAUGCAUGAAUCAUAUUCGUAAAAGCAGCGCAAUUGCAGGUUGUUGGUAGUGCUUUGUAAAAGCAGAAUUUUUCAAAUGUGUGUAUGUUGUAAUUUUGUGCCCACAAGCUGGAACUGUUAGCUUCUACUACCAACAAUGUUGUACUGUUACUAAGGUGAGUCAGUGGUUUACGGUGUGAACUGAUUUGUUGGAUCUGCUUUCUGUUUCUGCUGCUUACACAGUAUGACAAAAAAAAAAAUGACUUCUAGCAUUGUCCUGCCUGCUAGUAAAAAAACGAAGAUUGUGGUCGGAGUGUCCCGUUUGUUUUAUGUGGCAUCAUCACGCUGUUUUGAAACACGUAUAAAAAAGUGAUUGUGAGAACGCAAAACUCUGAAUGAUGUGAAAUACUGUAUAUGUAAUUUAUGUUCUCUUUAUUUAGUAGUACAUGACAUUCCAUUGUUGACACGCAAUUUGAAGCAGAAUGUUUCAUAGUUACUUUGCACAUGAUAUUGAUUUUCUUUUGGAGGGCAUUCUUUUAUAAUUAUUGCCUUUACGAGGGUAAAGUAUGUUUAAUAGACAAUGAACACGACGACACUACAUGUUUUAGUGUUAUUUUUAUUAUUUCUCCACAGCGUUUUAACAUUGUAUGCAAGUCUUGGGGAAAUCUAGAACAAUAUAAAUACCUACAUAUAAAAAACACUAUUUAAAAAAAAUACUGUAUGAAUGUCUGGCUUUAUUUGGCAAAUAGAAAUUAGUUUUGAAAUACUUUUAAUAAAUUAUUUAUUUACCAUCACACUUUGUACAAAAUUAGAGGUUUUCUGCUUUGUCUGCCUGUAACAUAACAGCUAAAAGUCUUAUUUUUGGUUAAAUAUUUUUAGCACAUUCAUGUUUUAAAGUUCGUCACAUCCGUCUCUGUGUUCUAUUUGUUACUUCAUGUCAUUUCUUACGUUUAUUCCCUUUAUUGUCUGUGAAGUGCGGAUUAUCUAGAAAAUGGAUUUCAUAAGGGGAGAACUGAAUCUUUGUGCAAAUGAACAUUUGACUGUGACGUCAUCAGAUUUAUCUUUGUAAGUUAAAUAAAUUUUUAUUUCAGCAC